AUGGAGCAGAUUGCGCACAUGACGGCACACGAUCUGGGUUCCAUGCUCAUAUCCUCCGAGACCGGCUUGGAGCCGGUCACAGAGCAGUGGGUCCGUGACGUCGUGCGGCUCUUCGACGGUGAGAUGACUUGCUGCAGGCUCAACCACCAUGGCAAGGACAUCUGCGACAAGGAAACCCUGGUCGUUCCUCUGCUUGGCGUCUGGUUUGUGCUGAGAAGCUGGAUGGAUCGGAAGCCUACCGGCGACGAUAACCUGGAGGCACCUCCGGGAGCCCAGCUUGUCUACCGCCUCAUGCGCGACCAGAUGGACAGUGUCUUCCCACCCACGUUCCAAUUUAACACGAAGGCUGGUUUCGAAGAGCGAGAGCUCUUCGGCAGCCUCAUCGAACACCUGGAAUCUCAUCUCCACGUCCUGAUGUCUGACAGCGAUGUGGCGUUGAGAUCGGAGGAAGUCCUCCGGACCCCAAGGGCCUCUUUGAGGUCGUGCGACUCAAACGAGCGCGAAGAAGAUGCCGAUGUAAUACAGAUGUGA